ACAAAAAGAAAAAGGCCCAAGCCCAAAGCAGGGAAAUCCUAACCCACAGAAGAAGCUGAGAUCGGUUGCAAAAAAUUAAGUCAACCGCUGAGACUCUGAGCUGUUCCGGCAGAAAAGACGAAUCCCGACGUCCGCAUUCACCGAUUUCGUCGCAAAAAUUUCUUGUGUAGCAAAUUUUCCUUUAUGGCGGCUCGUUUGAGGAUUCUUCAAUUUCAUCGUUUCUCUCUUCAUCUUCGUCUAUCACUAUGCCCGGCCAAAAACAGAGGAUUUACUCGUCAAACGUAGAUGUCAAAGGAUUCAGUUUCCUUGAGAGCAAGAAACAGAGCAAAGAAGAAGAGAAGCCAAGUUUUGCUGACCUGACAUUAUGCCUCUUGGAAGUCAUAAUAUCUCAACUUGACUUAAAAGAUAACAUUCGCGCAUCUGCUGUCUGCAAAACAUGGCGUGAAGCUGGUCUAUAUGUUCGGAAGGUAGACAAGCCUCCUUGGCUUAUGUACUUACCUAAACGUGGCAACUUGUUCGAACUCUACGAUCCAUUGCAGCAGAAGUUGUACACAUUGAAUCUACCCGAGCUUGCCAAAUCUACGGUUUGUUACUCAAGAGACGGAUGGUUACUAAUGCGCAAAACCAUUUCAAGCGAAAUGUUCUUCUUCAACCCGUUUACUCGUAAGCUCAUAAACUUACCAAAGUGUGCGUUAUCUUAUGAUGCCAUCGCUUUCUCUUGUGCACCUACAUCAGGUACUUGCGUGUUGCUAGCGUUUAAGCAUGUUGCCUAUGGUAUCACCGCUACGAGCACUUGCCAUCCCGAAGCAACCGAGUGGGUUACUGAGGAUUUACAUUUCCAUCUUCAUUUUGGCAGCGAUACACUAAAACACAGCAAUGUUGUCUAUGCGAAACGUCACUUCUAUUGCCUUGACGGUCAAGGACGCUUAUAUUACUUUGAUCCCUCUUCUCGAGAAUGGCAUUUUAUUUAUGAGUAUAAUCAGCCAUGUCCUUAUAUCUCGGGUAGACUUAGUUACCGGUAUGAGCGGAAGAAGAAGAGAAUUUUAUUGGCUGUGCGGAAAGGAGUGUUCUUUAAGAUAUAUACAUGCGGUGGUGAGAAGCCGAUUGUGUAUAAAUUAGAAGAUGACAAAUGGGAGGAGAUCAAUAGUACUAUGCUUGAUGGCUUGACAAUCUUUACGGGUCUUCAUUUCUCUGAGAUGAGAGUUAAUCUCCCAUGGAUGAGGAAUAGUGUUUACUUCCCGAGGCUUCGUUUUAAUGUCAAGCGUUGUGUAUCAUAUUCGUUUGAUGAAGAGAGGUAUUAUCCGCGUAAGCAGUGGCAAGAACAGGAGGAUUUAUGUCCUCUUGAGAAUCUUUGGAUUAGGCCACCGAAGAAAGCUUUAGACUACAUGUGAAGAUAUAAAAAGCAAUGGCCAAGCUUUUAGAUCAUCUCAAUUAUCUUUGGACUCAACUCUUGGUUAUGGUUGAAGCUCUAUAUAUUUCUAGCUGCUUUAUCUUUUCAGAUUUUCUUUCAACUCUUUGGA